AAUAAAAUUACCUACUUUUUCUUUAUAUUACUAUAAUAGAAAUGAAUUGCAGUGAAUUGCCACACAUUGAAACGAAACAAUACACACUCGUAAUUCCCUAUGACGCAAAAAAUACGCAUGUUUUACUUGGUCUAAAGAAACGGGGAUUUGGUGUUGGAAAGCACUAUUAUGUUUAUUUGAUAUUUAAAUCGGUUUUAACAUUAAUUAGAUGGAAUGGAUUUGGAGGGAAAGUAAUGGAAAACGAAUCCAUUAAUGCGUGUGCUGCAAGAGAAUUAAAGGAGGAGUGUGGAAUUGAAGAUGCAGUGCUUGAAAAGAUGGCGAUACUUCUUCUAAAAUGGGAAAGAUCUACAUGUGUGACCGAGAUUCAUGUCUAUAAAGCUACACAAUUUCUUGACAAACCUAUAGAGUCAGAAGAAAUGAUACCUCAAUGGUUUUCUGUCGAUCCCUCUGCGCAUAACUCUAUUCCCUAUGACCAUAUGUGGGAAGAAGCACGAAUAUGGUAUCCUGAAUUUCAUCGAGGUCGAAAAUUCGUUUUUAAUGUCUUGUUCAAAGGAGAUAUCGAUAUUUCUGAUAAUACUCCAUUAAUUAUACAUUACCAUCUCACACCCGUUGAAAACAUACAUGAUUAUACCUAUACCAAUCAUUUGUUUGAAUAA